AUGGGUUCCUCACUCGAGCACGUUGAUGCUUGCCUCCCUGUCACCACACUAGAGGUAUUUGAUCUUGGAGGGGCCAGACUCAUUCUUUUGGGCCAAGGGACAUUUGCGCGCCUAGUCGAGGAAAAUAGCGGAAGACUGCUGGCCUACCUAAGGGUAUUCAACAUCAACCACGUUCACGGAUAUACAGUCCUCCAUGAACAAGAUGGAGAAACAAGCCAUGUUCAACUUGUUGCUUGGGGAGGCCAAUCCUUACGACUCAUUGAGUUGAACUACUCAGUUAGCUCGUCCGGAGAGCCUACCGUGUCCUUGGCCGCUGCAAGCUCCGAGUACUCAGCCCCGGAUUGGAUUAUGGCCGGGUGCCCGAGCACGGACGGCAGUGCGGCGUACCUGGUUACAGCGCACAAUGCUGUUCUGGGCAUGUCUGUGGUGGAAGAUGCGUCUGGCCGGAGGAUUAUUCAUCUCCGGCAGCUUGCGGUGGGAGUCAAGUCUAUCCUAUACUCGGCCCAAAUCGUUCCGGUUUCCCCCACGAACCUCUUGGUGGCAGCUGGGACCGUCUUUGGCGAGAUCAUAGUUUGGUCAUGCUUUAUCCGGAGUAAUCAAGGCUCUGCUGCCGAUGCAGUCAGUGCCAUACAUCACUUUUUUACCGGCCACGAAGGGUCCAUCUUUGACGUCGAGAUAUCCCCAGAGAUUGCUAAUCUCCAUGAUGAUCUUCCGGGAAGGUUAUUGGCGAGCUGUAGUGAUGAUAGGACCGUGCGCAUUUGGGAUAUAUCGGGUUGUGAGAAUGCCUCUCCAGACCAGACGCCCGCAUACUCAACGGAUGGUUUCGAACUCCGCGGCACUGGUUUUGGCCAAGCGAAGAGUGGCGAGCUGAACUCGGAGUCUUGCGUUGUUAGUGCUUUUGGUCACGGAGCUCGAAUCUGGGGCGUGCAUUUUCUUGCAAACCAAUUCAGGAAGAACAAGAUCAGCUUGGUAUCUCGAGGGGAGGAUGCGCAGUGCCUGGUGUGGGAUCUCGGCUGGAAGUCGUCUGAACCUGAAUAUGAACUAACAAACACGUACUCUCUUCGUCCCCACAGCGGUAAGCACAUCUGGUCUCUUGGUAUGUCUGCCGUCGGUCCGGAAACUACCAUAUACACUGGAGGAAACGAUGGAGCUGUACGGACCUUUCGACUCGUCCAGGAGACCGGAGAAAUAGUAUGCCCCAACCGCACUACUCACCUCGCCGGUACACUAGGCUCGGAAGGCGCCAAGGGUGGCGGGUUGAGAGCGUUCGAAUUUGUGACUCCAGACUACUUUCUCGCAGUAACCACACGUGGCGAAGUCCAACUUGCAUGGGCCGAGUCUCUGAAUACCGCAGACCGACGUAUUGCUUGCGAGACGCUGUUUGUCGAGGAAGACCUAAGUUUCUAUACAAUCAUCGCAGGUUUGCCAUACCAAGGCGUUGCCUUGCUUGGAAACAAAUUCGGUCUUAUUCGACUCUAUGAUCAUAAGACGAGGUCGCUGACUAGUGUCGCAACAACAGGCCAACGACCGGUUGGUCUUUACUUCUUAGAUUAUCGGACAGGAGCAGACGGGUGCGUCGUGUUAACGUUUUUAGCAACAUACACCAAACUGGAUACGGCGGAGUUAUUCCACGUCCAUCUUUCUGCUACGGAACCUCGUGUGGAGAGGGUGACGCUGCGCGUGCCGCAAGGCUUCGACAUUUCGAGCGCUUCCCUAAUCCAUUACAACGAGUAUCUUGGUCUGGGGUCCAGAUACGGUUCAUUCGUGGUGUAUAAAGUGCAACAGACCGGGCCACUCGAACCUCUUUUGAAGGUCGCCAGAGUCCAUAGUAAAGAUGGGCUGACGAGAAUCAUUCCUUUCAGCUCACUGUCAACCACGGAUAGUACACCGUCGGAAUACUUUUUAACGUGUGGUCGGGAUGGAUUCUACCGCGUCAACGUGCUGGAUGUUUCUGGAGACGCCGUGUCUUUCCGGACUGUGCACUCUCCCAGUACCUCUGGGUUCAACGUCGAGGGCGCUUACAUUAACAAGUCCAACGAUCUCAUCCUCUACGGUUUUGGCGGGACGGGCUUUGUCGUCUGGAAUGAGUCUACACAAUCAGAAAUUGCGAAGAUUUACUGUGGCGGUGGACAUAGGCGCUGGGCAUUCCAUCCUAGCGAACGAGAUGGCGAGGGUCUGCUACUGUGGUCAAAGGCUGGUUUCAACGCUACACAUAUCAAUGCCCAGGCUACAAGCCCGAUACGCGCUGGCGCACACGGGAGGGAGAUCAAAGCACUGGGCACAGUUCAACCCGGCAACGGAAGCCCCAUGUUCGUUACCGGUUCAGAGGAUACUACGUUGCGCAUCCUCGCGCCCAAAUCGCCACAGCGGCCAGGUCCAUGGGGAGCACUAGAGACACAGCGAGUCUUGACAGCACAUGACUCUGCCCCGCAGCAUAUCGCGUGGUCCAAAGAUGGAAAGUUCCUGUUCACGAGCAGCGCAAUGGAAGACUUUUACGUGUGGAGAAUCCGGUCCAUUCCAUUGUUCGGGCUGGCCGCAGCUCUACAGGGCUGGUGUCCGAAGAGUCAUCCCAAGUCGGAGCUCCGCGUGACAUGCUUCGACAUUCUAGAGGUGGAAGAUGCACACUCCGAAGCUGAAGCCAGCUUUCUGCUUUGCCUGACCUAUUCCAACUCCACAAUCAAGGUCUUUCAUCUGUCAUGUGUCAACGACGACGGCUAUUUCACGCUCCUGGCCAGCGGCACAUACACAAGCAACUGCCUCACUCAGGUGCGGUUCCUGAGAACCGCAUCCUCGCUGUGUCUGGUAACCACGUCGACAGACGGACACUUUACGCUUUGGGACAUAACCACCGUUCUACAGAAAUCCUACCAUCUCGACCAACCGCUGCGCCUGAAACAGUCGCUCAGUUCCCUUUCCAUCACGGAAGAGGCCAUCGCCUGCGAAAGCAGGCACCAAAUCCACUCGAAUUGCAUUAAGAGUAUAGACAUGGUCCAGCUGUCCAGCACCACCACCUUGCUACUUGCAGGAGGCGACGACAAUGCCAUCACGCUCACACUGCUACACACAGAUAGCGGAGCAGACCGCACCGCAACAAUAACAAUCCCGGACGCACACACUGCGUCAGUUAACGCCGUCAAGGCGAUCGAAGAGUCAUUGACCCGCAGCGGUGGAAAGGUACAGCUAAGCUUUGCCUCGUCUGGGAACGACCACCGCGUCAAGCUCUGGCGGGUGACUAUUGACAUGCAAGAUCGGCCGGUCCUGGAUGGGGUUCAGGUGCACAAUGUGCUAAACCGGUACAGCCCUGUAGCAGACAUCUCGGCAUUGGAUGUUGUUCGUGAUAACGGGGAGUUGAAGCUGUUUGUUUGUGGAGUUGGAAUGGAGUUGUUUACUGUUGAGCUUUAG